CCCGCGAAGCGCAUGCGAACGUUUCGUCUCUCCUCCCGGACUUUGGCUAUCAAAUCGACUGCAGAUUUUGGACUUCAGUUAUAUUCAUCUUUGUUUCUGAUUUUCUUCCUUCAGGCAGUAGAAGACUGAGAAUUAGAAGAAAUGGGCAGUAGAAACCUUGAGAAUCGUUCAUUGGUUGAUGAAAUACGUAGCUUCGAUAGCGGAGGUUUCUUGUACGACCUUGGCCAUCCUCUUCUCAAUCGCGUCGCCGAGAGCUUCAUCAAGGCCGCCGGGAUUGGGGCAUUGCAAGCUGUGUCUCGCGAGGCUUAUUUUACGGCUGCGGAAAGUCUUGAUUCGAACAGUGGAGUGCCGCCUGAACUAUCGACUGCUAAAAAGCAUCGUCUUCCAGGCCUUAAAGGUGAAACUAACAGAGUGUCUCUUGAAGCCAUGGUGAAGAACACGGGAAAAGAAUCUCUGCAAUGGGGAUUAGCUGCUGGAGUUUAUUCUGGUCUUACCUACGGUUUAAGAGAGGCUCGUGGAGCACAUGAUUGGAAGAAUAGUGCAAUCGCAGGUGCAAUCACGGGCGUGGCUUUGGCACUAACAUCAGACGAGUCUUCUCACGAGCAGAUCGUACAAUGCGCCAUCACCGGCGCUGCUGUUUCCACGGCUGCAAAUAUUUUUGCUGGCGUAUUUUAGGUAGGUCGCCGGCGGAGCCAUUUCACAGAAUUCGACAUGUCGUUCAUGUUCUAUUUCGAUGCGUGGUCAUCAGAAUUCUCCACUCUCUCUUUCUUCUGAAGAAAACUAUAAUUUGGUUCGUCUCUUUUGGAUUUUGGUUUAAUCCUCGUUGUCCUCUGACGCCUUGUUCUUCGUCGGCUUAAUUUUUUAUUUUUUAUUUAA